AUGCGAUGGAGCCGAGCAUCCCGGCAGGAGCGAGCAACUACACGAAUCCUUUCGAAUUAUCUCGACCCGAAACCCCCGCUGGACAGUUCCAGCCAGAUGCCGGCGUACACGUCGGCGAUUUGGGCAUCCCGUAGAUGGCGGGAACCGGAGUAUCCUUCCCGGCCGGCGGAACAGCGCUGCACCCCACUAAGCUGGAGCAGCAAACGGCCGGCAUUGUCCAGUUAUAGCACCAAGUUGUGGCGCUGUCAAACCAGUCGAUGCGACGUGGGAAGGGAGCUGCUAGAUAUUUGCAAAGCCGAUGAGGAGGGUCUUGGUGUAGAUGCCUCCGCCACCGACCCUGGCACGGCAGCCAACGAUCCCGCGCGUCGAGUUGUCGUGCCCUGCGUUCCUGGUGAAGUCUCUACGCAAGGCCUGGCAACCCUAGAUGCCUGGGCCAUGCAAGAGGCGGUCGCACAAGCCACUGUCCAGCCCAAAACCGCCUGGUCCAUAUUAUUAUCCAUUAUCCAUAUUGUAUGUGAGAAGUUCCACCACGAAGUUCACAACGAAGCUCCGGAACCAGUUCCACAACCAAAGAACACUAUUAGCCUCAUGCAACUGCAGUGGCAUCUCAGACGGCUCUCGGUGAUGGAGACGCUGGUAGCCAGGCUGAAGGCCGAUCGCGACUUGAUGUGCUUCCUGAACGCUCAGCCAACCGAUAUCCGGAAAGGCUUGUACCGCCUGGGGCUCGAGACCGCCCUCGUUGUACGGAAAGCACGGGAGGCACGUGCUAUGGAUAACAGCGUGCCGUACCUGCGGCUGCAGUUAGCAAUGCCGGACGUGCCGGGUUACGGAGCAACUGCACCACAUUACGAGGUGGUUGCUGUGACGGUUAGCGUCGAGGCGCACGAUCAGGGCUGGAGCAGCUACCCGGAGGACUUCAACACGUACCGUAAUUCCUGGACGUGGGGGGAGCUGGUGCUUGUGGGCGAGGAUGGCAAGCCCGUGCACCCCGAUGACCCAGAUCGACUGUACACCAACCUGCACGCGAUAAGCGAAUGGCAGCAGCACACCAAGGUAUUGGGGCCUGACAGCCAGCUGGCAUUUUGUGCGUCGUGCGGACCUGGCGGUGCAUCUAAGGCCGGUGGGGAUGGGGCCUGAGGGUUGCGGCGGUAGCUGGGGAGUGAAGGCUGCGGCGGGGGGAGGGGAGGGGGAGCAGGAGUUUUGGAUGGCGCGGCAUAAGGAUCUGAUGAUGCACAACGGUACGGCAGUUGGUAAUUAAAAAGCUCAGAUUCUAGGGUUUUAGUUUUCCUUCUUGCGAGGAAAGUACUCAGGAAAAUUACCAAAGGGUUAUGGCCUGCUCCUUUUAUGUAGGUUUUUAAUCCCUCGUAUUUUGUGGCAGGCAUGGGCUUGGGAUGGCCUUCGGUAUUUGUUUUUGUUAGGUAGGUCAGAUUGCCAAAGCCCGGAAAAUGUGUCCCUGGGCUCCCUGCAUCAAUUCCUAGUCUCAGCUUAAAAAGGUGGUAAAAUAACGAAUAAGGAAGGUAAGUAGUCGUACAGGAAAUGCAUGGGGAUCGGUUCCGGAGCGUGCUGAUCAUGUUUGGAUGAUCUAUUUUUCCCUCCAAACACCGAUCUAGUUGUUGUUGGAUAACAUAGCCUUCCCGCGGUCCCGAAUCUCGACCUGGAUGCAUCUGCCAUAUUUUUGGUGUUCUGUGUAGCCAUCGUCUCGGCUCAGCGAAUGGCGCAUGUAUUAGGCUUCGCUCUCCGGCUUGAAGCCAAGGCGGUGCAAUACUUCCAGUUUCUGUCUGGCUUGAAGUCUGCUGCUGGAAAGAAGUGGUGCUACGACGGAUGCUAUGGCCGCCGGCAGGCGGCGAACUAGAUGGAUCUUUGCAUUAUGUAUGUAAUUUAUGUGUUGUAUGUGCUCACGGUGAAGCUGCUGAGGAAAUGAGAUCUGUACUUGUUGCGGCGAUACGUGCUUGAGACUGGACUCUGUAUGCGCCAUGACUUCUGCAAGCUCUGUUACAACAGGAAAACCCCUACAUGAAGCUCUGCCUGAACUGGGAAUUGCUGACUGACCUGGCGACUGGCCGUGUGGAAUAUAACCUUUUCUUCUUCAAAAAAUUGUGUAUGUGUGUGUGUGUGUGUCGGUGCGCACAUCAGGCUCAAGUAAACUCCCUGCUUGUAACGCCCGAGCGUUC